AUGCCUUCAUCACUAGCAAAGAAGCUCUGCGUCGCCCUCGUGCUCGCAUCUUCCGCCCUCAGUUCUCCCGUCGCCGCCGACGAUCAGCACAACGACGCACCCUACGUCCGCAGUCUCAAGCACUCUCGUCGUGCAGCACGCGAACGUGAGGCCGGCCCAUCCAACCUGACCAAACGAGGCCCCACCUACAACGGUCGCGCCACCUACUACGCCGCCGGUCUUGGCGCCUGCGGCAACUACAACUCCGGGUCUGACUUUAUCGUCGCCCUCAACUCUGCGCAGUACGGCAACCUGGGCGAGGUGUCUUCGUGGUGCGGAAAGACGAUCGCCAUCACGUACAAUGGGAAUACGCAGUAUGCGCAGGUUCAGGAUGCUUGUCCCACCUGUCCCUACGGAGGGUUGGAUAUGAGCGAAGGGCUGUUCAAGGCUUUCGCGAGCACGGAUCUGGGUGUGUUCUACAUGUCGUGGACUGCUGCCGACGGGUCUGGUGGAGACAACAACAACGGUGGAAAUCAGAGGCAGAGUUCCACCUCCACCACUCCGGCGUGGACCCCGCGACCAUCGCCUACAACCACAUCGAGCACACCUGCAUACACCCCUCCUCCUCCCACAACCACCUCUCAACGGGCCAGACCCACCACCACCACCACCUCCUCUUCCUCGUCCACCCUUUCCUCCUCCGCAUCAUCCUCCUCCUCCGCCUCCUCCGCCACCGCUUCCUCGCAAUCAACCCCCGAUGCGACAGCCAACAACCUCGACAGCUUCGCCCUCAUCUACCAGGGUCUCAAUCAGAUGGCCGUCGCAGCUGCUUCCUAA